AUGUCUACUCCAGUUCAAUCUUCAUUGGCCGACCUCAAGGCAUCCACUGCUCAACUUGUAGGCAUCAUUGCCGGCGCUCGGCACAUCCUGGCCGGCUCAGUGGACGUCCAACUUGCUCUGACAAAGCAGGUCACCACUCUUUUGGCUGACAUCAUCUGGGCCCAUGAGAAAGGGGAAUACAUCCCUGGCAUUGUGGCGUCCUGCUCUAAGAAGCUGAUGAGGGUGCGUUCCAUGACUCCCCGGGCAUUGCCCAACUGGCACGGCAUUGGCCAUGAUGACCCCCGGGUGGCUAGACACGCCUGGCGCAAGCAAGUCCGUGCCUGGGAGGCGUUGGGUGACAAUUCCUGUGAUCUCCCUGUUGUUCCUAAUCCUUCCACUGGCCCACUGACUGUCAACCUUCCGUCUCCACCUGUCCCUUCCCCCACACCUAUUCCUUCCCCCGCCCCUGUCAUUCCCUUCCCCCACACCUAUUCCUUCCCCCGCCCCUGUCAUUCCCUCCCCUCCCGUCGUCGCCGGACCUUCCAGCAAGACGGGUACCGAGUUCCAGGACAAAGGAAAAGUCGGAGGGAGCAACAAGAGGAAGUCCCCGAUGAUUUCUGGACACUCCUCCCAACCUCCAAACCAUUUGUGGAGUUGGAAGAUGAUGAAGACCCAAUUGUUCAGCCGAUUUUGUGUAGAGUGCCAGAGGUCGUUCUUCCCCAGCUCUCCACCAUUGUUGUAAGGACACCCCAGUUGCCUCGGUCACCUGGUUCCCCCAAGAAGCAAUCAUUUGGGCCUGCUUCGCUGACUGCUGGCAGUCGUCUGGAGGUCAUGAAAUCUCCCAUCAGUUGUCCGGAGGCUCGGGCAACCUCCAGCAGUCGUCCGGAAGUUGAGGAGUCCUCUGAUGAUACAUCCAGCGCUUCGGAUGGUGACCCCCCGGCCAAUACCACAUUUGAUAUCACCAUUCCCGGCCCGAACAACCCCUGCCAUUAUUGCGUCAAGGAGGAUUGGCCCUGCGCGACCCAUUUUGACAAGAGGACCAGCCUCCCCUGCUUGUCUUGCAUCCGCUGCUCCACCAAGAAGAUCAAAUGCAACCCUGCAUCUCUGGGAUCCCCGCCCAAAUGGACCCGAGGGAAGUCUACCACUGGCCGGACGCGUUCCAAGACAUCUGCCCCUGCUCCAUCCACUGCUCCGUCUCCCUCCCUGUCAAGGGCCCAAACUCAUAGUCAAUCUCAUGGCCCGUCCCGAACUCCGGCCAUCCCUGCUGCAACUACACCCCAGGUGCAGUCACGUGGUCGCAGCAAGACCAUCACUACCAAGAAGACACCUGCACCUGCACCUGCACCUGCGCCAGCUCCUGUUCGGUCUUCGAGCUUCGCAGUGCCUCGUGCAGCACUCGAUGUUCCCAUGCUGGAUCUCCAUUCCAUGGCAAUCGCGAUUCGGGAUGGUGCAGCUCGCAUCGCUAUUCUUGAGGCUCGGCGCACAGUGGUCGACCAGCACCCUUCAUUUUCACUUCCGGACACACCGGCCAAUGCAACAAUCUUGCUUGAUCAAUCCGGUCCCCACCCGUCCAUUUCACCCCUCCCCUCCGCACUUUCCAACCUCAUUGAUUUGGACAUUUCAGUGAUGCAACCCACACCCUUGACGGUUGAGGAUGGAUCUGCUAUGGUAGGUCUCAUGGUUGAGCCCACCCAAGUUCAGCCUGAGGGUCCACGAUCCUCCGGCGAAAUUGUGCUCCCAGAUGAACCAGGCAACCUCUUGCCAGAAUCCUCUGGCAAUAUUGUGGUCCCUAAUGAACCAGGUAACCUCCUGCCAGAAUAUGAUUCUUCUGAUGAGGAGUUGGAUGUUGAGGGGAAGGUUGAUCUUCCUGGUGAGGAGGUUGAAAUGGCUACAUAA